CUCGACCCACUGCUGUAUUUACAUGUGAGUCUGUUUUGGUGUGAAGCUGCUUAUCUGUAGUGUUAUUUAACGUUCCAGGCGGAAUGAUCCAUUGGAUCUUUCUAAAUAUUGGCAGUGGUCGGUUGAGAAGCAGAGUGGCGCGAUUCCCUGGAUGAUGGGACUGAUUGACCCUUCUACGUAAACCAGCGGACUAUCGAUGGAUUUUCGUCGUCUUUGCUUCCUUGUUUGCCCGUAGAAAGUGCCCAGCACUCCACGUUUAUCAGGGAUUUAUUACACGGACAAUUUCUGGGUGUGUUUUCAUCUUUUGGGAGAGGUGACGGGCAGCAUGCUGCUCUCCAAACUGGGAUCCCUCUCUCACAUCCCGUCCAGCAUGGAUCUGCCGGCGAAGCUGCAGCAAGCCAAGGCGGAGAAGCAGCCCUUUGAGAAGCUGUAUCGGUUGGGUUCGGUUCUCGGGAGCGGAGGAUUUGGCACAGUGUACUCGGCUGUCCGCCUUGCCGACGGGCUGCCGGUGGCAGUGAAGCAUGUGUGCCGGGACAGAGUGACUGAGUGGGGCUCUCUGUGCGGCGCGAUGGUUCCUCUGGAGAUUGUGCUGUUGAAGAAGGUGGACGGGGCGUUUGGCGGCGUGGUGCGGCUCAUGGACUGGUGGGAGCGGUCAGAUGGCUGGCUGAUAGUGAUGGAGCGUCCCGAGUCGGGGCAGGAUUUGUUCGAUUACAUCACAGAGCACGGCGCCCUGGACGAAGUGGCGGCGCGCGGCUUCUUCCUGCAGGUGCUUGAGGCUGUGCGUCACUGCUACACCUGCGGAGUCGUUCACCGAGAUAUCAAGGAUGAGAACCUGCUGGUGGACCUGAGGACUGGACAGAUUAAACUCAUUGACUUCGGCUCAGGGGCCCUCCUCAAAGACGCUGCCUACACAGAGUUUGAUGGUACGCGGGUAUAUAGUCCUCCAGAGUGGAUACGGUUCCGCCGGUACCACGGUCGCUCGGCAACUGUGUGGUCGCUUGGCGUACUGCUGUAUGAUAUGGUGUGUGGGGACAUCCCAUUCGAACAAGACGAGGAGAUCCUGAGAGGACGGGUCUACUUCAGACGGAAAAUCUCCUCAGAAUGCGAGCAGCUGAUUGGUUGGUGCCUGAGCCAGCAACCGUCUGACCGGCCAACCAUAGAGCAGAUCCUCCUUCACCCCUGGGUGACGGGCAGCGACGGACAGCAGACAGACAACGGCAGCAUAACACUACAUGCCAUCACAGCUGACUCGUCCUCCUCGUCUUCCUCUUCCAGCCAGCAGAGUCUCUGAUUGGUUGAUGAGAAGCUACCAGUGUGUGGCAAAGUCUUGAUUGAUGGCCAUCCUCUUGUGGUGUUUGACUUUGGUUAUGGCGCGAAUGUGACGUUGUCACUCAGGUUUCUGAACUAGUGGUGGUCAGCGUUCAGGAAGUAGUCAACUCUGCAGCGCCUUUUCCUGUUCACAGACGGUGAAGCAGUUUGUAUCGAUCCUCAGCACCUGCGCCAUUCUGUCUGGUGUUCCUGAUUCAGAGUGCCUUUAGUUUGAAAGCUGCUAUGGUUGGAGCAUUGCCACGUAACCAACUACAGAUUGAUCAGUUGGUCUGGACGAUUCUUCCGAUUUUCCGAGGUUUCUUUAGUUUUGCAAAGAAAAGUUCUAACACAAAGAAUCCAUGUGGUUAAAUCACAAGAAACUGAUUUACCUUUUUUUUUUUUUUUUUUUUUUACAACUUUUGCUAUCAAUGAAAUGUUUUACAUAAUACAACAUGCUGUAAUCAUCUGUGGGGCUGCAACAAACUAUUAUUUUCACUGUUGAUCAAUCUGUUUAUGACUUUGUCCAGUUGUUCACUAAAUUGUAAGGAAGAGAGCUGCAUUCACCAAAGAAAAAAACUGGCCGAUCUGGGCCCUGUCUCAUAAUUAUGACUUGCUCACCUCAUAAUAAUGAGGAAAAAUAAAAUAAAUUGUGUUGCUGGGAUGCUUCAUGGAUACAAAGUCAUCCUAAUGUAUCAAAACUGGCUUCCACUUAAGUCUGUGACCAGAUUCUCUUGCCUGAAUAGAAUUUUCAGCUUUAUAUGACAGACUGUAUCUUCACAGGCUGGCAAAAAUGUACUUUGACAGUCAUUUUAAUUGCUUUUAACCAAAUAUUCUGUUCUGACAUACUGUUAGGCACGUUAUUGUGCAGAUCUGUCAGGUCAUCUGAUAAAAUUUGAUUGACACUUUUUAAUUAAGUUGAUUUUCUCAUGUCCCAGAAUCUGUUGGGUCACAGGCCUUUGGGUUAUCAAAAAUGUCCAUACAUAUCUUCGACUCGCUUCUUUGAUCAGAAGUGAAUUAACUACCGUGCUAUUGUGUUAAACUCACAGAACACAAGCCUUCUUAUAUUUAUCUUUAAAUGGAAAAUGCUAAUUUAUUGCCCAUAGUGUUUUGUCAGUUGUUCCCAGUUGUAUCAAAAGUCUAUAUUCAGGGGAUUGUGUUCAAGUUAGAAAGUCGACUAUAAUGACAAUAGCCUGAAUACUCAGGCAGCAUCAUGUUUUUUUGGUAACAGCUGUCAUAAUGAAAUAUGCAAUAAAGUAUGGUUAAUAAAAGGCUAAUAUGGCUGAAAUUCCUGACCAGGAUAACAGGAUCUGAUGUCAAAGAAUACAUUAUAUCGUGACUAUAAGACCAAGUCAUAAUCGUGAGAUGGGGCCUUCAUUUUUUCUUUUGGUGAAUGCAGUCCGCACUAUAGUCUGAAAAGGGAUGUCCAAGAUUACAUAUUCACUUCUUGUUUUGUUUUUCCAAAUGUCCAAAAUCCAAAGAUACUCAGUUUAGUGUAACCGCUUGAAAAAAAUGAUCAGCUUAAUUCAGUUUAAAGAACGUUUUUUGUUUCUCUGAGGAUCUGAACGUGACCCUGCGAUGUCAGCGAAUGUUCUUCACCUGCUGAUAUGGGGAGACGCUUCACUUGACACACACACACACGCACACACACACACACACACACACCUCUACAGGCCUUCUAGUUCUGAUAACUAAACAUGACUUUUUGAUUAUGACCUCAGCAGAGCGGUAACGUUUUCUUCAUGUCCCAAACAUCUCACAACAGUGUUUCAUUUUGUCUGAACAUAAACAGGCGCUGACUUUUCCUGCUGAUAAUACCGGCUGAAACUGAACAAAUUGUGAUCAGGAAACGUAAUUUAAAGUACGUCCGACCAUUCUCUCUCUGCUGGUGUUGGUGCAUCUGAACCUGCAAAAUCUUUUUGCAGUCGAGCGUCUUCAAGACAGUUUUUUCCUUUUGUUGUUUUUUUACUCUUAAAGCCUGGCUGGUCAUUCUUUGAAAUAAUUGGAAGAGGAUAUCAAUACAACAAGACAGCACAGAUAUACGAUGGCAUAAACCUGUUUGUUUUUAUUCAAUCAGUUCUCUAAAAGCGUCAGAGGUUCCACAGCCAGUCCUCCAUCUAUCUUCUCUCUCAGUUUAAGGUGUAAAAUGCACAGUCAAUGCAAAUAUUCUUGUUUUGUGUUUUUAUAAGUGUAUAUGUUUUUAUAAUUUUUUGUACAUUUUUCUAUUUUAUUUAUUUGGUAAUGAGACGUUCCUAUUCCUGUUAUUUAAGUUGUCUCCUGUCUGACUCUUCUAAAACAUGUCUUUUUUUUUGUUUGUUCAUCGUUGCUGUGAACAAGAAUAUAAUAAGUUUACUCACGUGAAGUUUAAAGCUAUUUUUCUCAUUCAGUUUGUUACAGAUUUUGGUGGUUUUGAAAUGUAAGACUGACCAGAAAAAAUAUUUUUAUGAUUUCUGUUUUCAAAUUAAACUUUUUGUAUAUACACAGA